UUCGUUUGAAACAAUUUAACUUGGAAAGUUGAUUUGUUUAGUUUUCAUUUGUAUUGAGCAGUUGAAACUUCAUUUCCAUGUUUAUUUAUUUACAUUAUCCUUUAAUUAUUUUGUGUUAAUCAACUAAUCUAAUCACAAUUGUAAUCUCAUCAAAUCACUGAGCUUGUAUACAUUGACUGAAUGUGAUUAAAUUCUCAGAGCAAUUUGGUUAAUUAUUAAGACUUGAAAAUCAUCACCAACGUAAAAAUUGAACACAAACAUCUAAGUUGACUGAUUAUUCAAUUUGCUCCAAAUUCCAACUAAAAAUCAAUUUCUGUUGAACAAUUAAAAGAAAUCAAAAUGUUGGCUUCCAGAGGAUUAGUUAAUUGUAUUUCCAAGAGAUACAUAUCAGUCUCAUCCAGUCGAUUGUUGAAAUUUACUGAGCAACAUGAUGAACUUCGUAGUACCGUACGGAAGAUUGUGGAAAAAGAUAUUAAUCCAUUUGUUGACCAGUGGGAAAAAGAGGGAAUGUUUGAUGGACACAAACUGUUCAAAACUCUUGGAUCAGCGGGUUUACUUGGCUUGUGUCGCGAUCCAAAGUACGGAGGUCAAGGUCUCGAUUAUUCAUUUUCCGUCGCCAUGUACGAAGAGUUUGGUUAUCAUAUUAACGCUGCUGGUCCAUUAACGGGAAUCGGGGUCCAGGCGGAUAUGGCACAACCCGCUUUGGCUCGAUUCGCAAGUGAAGAGUUGAAACAAACUUUUCUAGCCCCAACAAUUUCCGGGGAUUUCGUUGCCUGUCUCGGAGUUUCUGAACCGGAAGGAGGAUCAGAUGUUGCUGCAAUCAAAACAACUGCUAAACGUGAAGGCGACGAUUUAAUCAUCAAUGGAGGUAAAAUGUGGAUCACCAAUGGCUAUCAAGCUGAUUGGAUGUGUCUCCUUGCAAAUACGAGUCAAGGUUCACCCCAUAAGAACAAAUCGCUCAUUUGUGUUCCACUUAAUCUACCGGGUGUUCAUCGAGCCAAAAAAAUCGCCAAAAUGGGAAAUUUAUCUUCGGACACCGCUCAGAUUUUCUUUGACAAUGUUCGAGUUCCGGCCAAAAAUAUUAUCGGCGAAGAGGGAAUGGGCUUCAUUUACCAAAUGAUUCAAUUUGCAGAUGAACGAUUAGUUGUUGGAUCAACUUCCACUGCAUCAGCACAAAGAGCAAUUAACGAUACAAUUGAAUAUUGUCGUCAAAGGAAAACAUUUGGACAGCCAUUGAUUGACAAUCAACACAUUCACUUUAAAUUGGCUGAGUUACAAUGUGAAGUCGAGGCUGUUAAAGCUCUACUUUAUCUCGCUGCAGAUAAAUUCAUCGAGGGAGAGGAUGUCACUUAUUUGGCGUCGGUAAUUAAGCUGAAAGGAGGUCGCAUGUUGAGGGAAGUUGCCGAUGGUUGUCUUCAAUUCUGGGGGGGAAUGGGCUAUUCGGACGACGUUCUCAUCAGUCGACUUUAUCGGGACACUCGAGUUAUUUCAAUCGCCGGAGGGGCCGAUGAGAUUAUGCUUGGAAUUGUGUGUAAAAUUAUGGGCAUUUUACCGAAAGCCAAAAAAGAUAAAUCAACUUGAUGUUAUUUUGUAUCGGGAUAAAGUUUCUUUUUAAUAUAAAAAGUAUAUUCUUUCGUUUAUAAUUUUUACGAUUGCAAAUAAAUCGAUGUUUUGAUUUACAA